AUGGCAGAGAGAAGGCUCAGACGUCUUGGUCUCUUUAAUAGGGAGCCUCGCAAGGGGGUACGGGAUGUUUUCGAUCUAGAGUCGCACGGGUCCAUCGCUGAGGGAAGCGGGAUAUUGAAGGAGAGGGUUCCUUCUGAUAUUAUUAUCGAAGCUGCAACGCAGCAACCAUGGCGUUCAAUAUCAUGGGCUCCAAAAGAGCCUAUAACUGGUUCGUGCAUAUCAGUCGCAGUCAGAAUCAAUACUUACUUGGGAGAUUCUAGGUAUAUCUCCUGUGUCGCAGCAGCAUGCAUGGUCCUUUAUGGAUAUGAUGCAUCAGUAUACAACUCCGUACAAGGCUCGAAAAACUGGGUCGUCUAUUUCAAUGACCCAGAUGACAACAUGAUCGGAGCUGUCAAUACAGCUUAUACUGUGGGUGCCAUCUUUGGUGGUUUCUUCUUGGGAGGACCCACAGCAGACUUUCUUGGUCGUAAAUUUGGAAUGGCAAUCGGCUGUGUCAUGGUGAUCGCUUCCACGUUCAUGCAGACCUUCGCUCCUCGUGGGAACAUUGCGUGCUUCCUUGCUGGGCGAUGCAUCAUCGGUGUCGGCCAAGGCAUUGCUCUUACUGCGGGUCCUAUCUACAUUGGCGAGCUUGCCCCGGCUGAGAUUCGUGGGAAGAUCAUGACCUUCUGGCAAAUGUUCUACUCUGUUGGUUCCUUUAUCUGUUUUUGGGUGAACUACGGGUGCACAGAGCACAAGGAGAACCUGGGUGAAUGGGACUGGAAGAUGGUUGUUAUCUUUCAACUCUUAGUUCCUUGCUUGAUCCUAAAAGCCCGUAAGGCUCUCCAAAAAGUUCGCGAACCUGAUGAGGUCGAGGAAGAACUCCUGAAAAUCCGCGAAGCUAUUGAGUACGAAAAAGAGGCCAUCUCUGGAAGCUACUCUGCGCUGUGGAAAGACAAGUCUCUCCGCAAGCGUAUGGCUCUCGCUCUGGUCAUCAAUGCCGGCCAGCAGAUCACCGGACAGGGCACACUGAAUACAUACUCUACCAAGAUCUACCAAAAGGUGUUUCCCAGCGCUGGCCAGAUUGCUCUCAUCAAUGCUCUCAAUGCGACCUUUGGUAUCAUUUUCACGCUCAACGCUGUUUGGAUCAUUGAUCGAUUUGGGCGCAAAUUUCUUCUAAUUGUUGGUGGCAUCGGUAUGGGAAUCUGCAUGAUCAUCGUUGCAGCAGUCGAGACCGAAACCCCAUCAAUUGGUGCUCCCGGCUCAGACGUCAAGAGCACACCCGUCGGCAUAUCGAUCGUAUUCUUACUCUUCCUGUUCAUCUUCUUUUAUAAACCUUCCUGGGGAGCUACUGUGUGGAUUUGGACAUCUGAGAUAUUCUCUAUGAAUGUUAGAGCCCAAGCUGUGGGAAUGGCAUCUCAGACACAGAACGUCGCCAAUGCCAUCUUUCAACAGUUCUUUCCAACUUUCCUCAACAACUGCGGCUUCUACGCCUUCUAUAUGUUUGCGGGUAUCAACUUUCUCCUAGCAGUGUUUGUGUACUUCUUCAUCCCCGAGACCAAGCAGGUUCCUCUGGAAGAGAUUGAUGCUCUCUUUGGUGGCGCCAACCACGUCACCCACGGCGAAGACCUUGUGAUGGGUGAGAAGCAACUACAGGUGACGCAGUCGAACACGGGUAAUGAAAAGGCCGAAGCAGUCACGAUUGAGAAUGCCCCGGCACGGCAGCACUGAUAUCUUGCUAUAAUAUGUAACCUUAUGGGUCUUCCGUUCUGUGCUUGAAUGGGGUCUUGACGUCUCUUUGAGCAGUCAAUAUUGGGAUGGAGAUUGUCUUGUACGUUUGCUUUUACUUAAAAUAACUAUAGUAUGCUAUACCAGAAAGACGAAAGCGCCAAAAUUAAUGUCUUUAAAACGAUGUACUUGUAAGAACCAACCAUGUGGAACAGCCCCAUAUUUUUAUACCAUC